AUGGCAUCCACCGGUGCCGACAUCUUCAUCCAACACCCCCUCCAUCUUGACUCAAUCACAAAAGCCAUCUCCGCCCCCUCCUCCAACUCCACGGCCCUCACCAACGAGCUCGAAUCCUUAAAUCAGCUCCACCGUGCCCUCCUCAACCUCGACAGUCCUAAUAUUCCUCCACCCCUUAAACCCGUAAACCCCAAACGCAGCGCUCAAGUUGCCAAGCUGCGCGAGACCGCCAACACAGCCUUCCGCAAAUCCUCGUACGCCGAAGCCGUAAAGCUCUACACGUAUGCUAUCGAUAUGGCCCUAGGACGCCCUGCGUGGGAACCCGUCGGACUCGUGCGCGAAGAGCUGGCGCCACUUUUCACGAAUCGGGCGCAGGCGUAUAUGGCCCAGCAGCAGUGGGCGGAAGCGUAUGUCGAUGCGAAGGCGAGUGCUGAGAUUUCAGCUACGAAUAAUACUAAAGCGUGGUGGAGGGGCGCUAAGAGCUUGACUGAAAUGGGGAGGUGGGAGGAGGCGAGGCGGUGGCUUUUGAAGGGGUUGGAGGUGGAGGGUCUGACGAGCGAUGGGGGAAGAGAGUUGAGGAGUCUUCUGGCGGAUGUUGAGAGGGGGUUGGAGAGGGAGAAGGCUUCGAGGGGGUAG